UAUUACAGUUGCUUUAAUUUCCUGCCCCCAUCAGCAAAAGCAAAUCACCCUACUUUGUGGAGGGAAAGAGGAAACCAGAGGCGGCCAUCAGGGCUUCCUUCCCGCAGUGCUGACCCCUGCUUGGGCCUGGGUUUCCGUGGGUGGCCGUGAGCACCGGGCCUAGCCCGAGUCCUGUGCAUCUGAGGUUGGCCAGCUUCCUUUACUCUGGUGUCGUGGAUUUUUUCCAAGCCUCGGGUCAGGCAGGGCUGGGUUCGGGAUGGGUCCUGGGCCUUCAGGGAAGGUGGUCAGUCACACAGGCCUUGGUGUGGUUGGUACUUGAUGUUCUUUGGAGCUAAGAGUGGCUGAGAUUUGUACUUCCCUUGAGGAAUUCUGGGAUUUGUAGUCCUAAGUUAACCUCGUGGCUUUUGAAGCUGAGGAGCAGCUGACUGCUCUGAUCCCUCUGGCCCUGCAAAGGCUUGGAGUUCAAUAAGUCAUCACCUCCUCUAGUCAGGGCAUUUCUGGGGACCACCAGCUGGCUGAGGCUCAGGGACAGAGACGGCUGCUCCAGCUAAAGUGUCCUCGGACCCUGCGUGGGCUGUGGAGUGGAUUGAACUUCCUCGGGGUCUCUCUCUAUCCUCCUUGGGAUCUGCUCGGACCCUCCGAGGCUGGAGCCGGUCCUCGCGCCCUUCCUCGGUGGACAGCCAGGACUUGCCGGAGGUGAAUGUUGGAGACACAGUCGCGAUGCUGCCCAAGUCCCGGAGAGCCCUAACUAUCCAGGAGAUCGCUGCGCUGGCCAGGUCCUCCCUGCAUGGUAUUUCCCAGGUGGUGAAGGACCACGUGACCAAGCCUACCGCCAUGGCCCAGGGCCGAGUGGCUCACCUGAUUGAGUGGAAGGGCUGGAGCAAGCCAAGUGACUCGCCUGCUGCCCUGGAGUCAGCCUUUUCCUCCUAUUCGGACCUCAGCGAGGGGGAACAAGAGGCUCGCUUUGCAGCAGGAGUGGCUGAGCAGUUUGCCAUCGCAGAAGCCAAGCUGCGGGCAUGGUCUUCGGUGGAUGGCGAGGACUCCACUGAUGACUCCUAUGAUGAGGACUUUGCUGGGGGAACUGACUCAGACCUCGCUGGGCAGCUGCCCCUGGGGCCGCACCUCCAGGACCUGUUCACCGGCCACCGGUUCUCCCGGCCUGUGCGCCAGGGCUCCGUGGAGCCUGAGAGCGACUGCUCACAGACCGUGUCCCCAGACACCCUGUGCUCUAGCCUGUGCAGCCUGGAGGAUGGGUUGUUGGGCUCCCCGGCCCGGCUGGCCUCCCAGCUGCUGGGGGAUGAGCUGCUUCUCGCCAAACUGCCCCCCAGCCGGGAAAGUGCCUUCCGCAGCCUGGGCCCCUUGGAGACCCAGGACUCCCUCUACAACUCACCCCUCACGGAGUCCUGCCUUUCCCCCUCAGAGGAGGAGCCAGCCCCCUGCAAGGACUGCCAGCCACUCUGCCCACCACUAGUAGGCAGUUGGGAGCGGCAGCGGCAAGCCUCUGACGUGGCCUCUUCUGGGGUGCUGUCCUUAGAUGAGGAUGAGGCAGAGCCGGAGGAACAGUGACCCGCCUCAUGCCUGGUGGCAUGCAUCCCCUGGCUGCUGCUAGGGGCAGAGCCUCUAUGCCCAAGUGUGGGCUCAAGGCUCCCAGCAGAGCUCCGCAGCCUAGAGGGCUCCUGGGAGCGCUCGCUUCUCCGUUGUGUGUUUUGCAUGAAAGUGUUUGGAGAGGAGGCAGGGGCUGGGCUGGGGGCGCAUGUCCUGCCCCCACUCCGGGGGCUUGCCGGGGGUUGCCCGGGGCCUCUGGGGCAUGGCUGCAGCUGUGGCAGGCAGUGAUGUUCAUGUUUGUAAACCCAAAUGCCACAUGCACAUUUCCUCCUCAGAUGAUGUGGACCACUAAGGGGGUGGUUGUGACUGGGCUGUGGGGGGGUGCGGAGGGAGGGGGCCCAGCCACCCCCCACCCUCCCCAUGCCUCUUUCUUCUCUGCUUUUCUCCUCACCUCCGAGUCCACGUGCAGUGCUUGAUAGACUCACCCCACCCGGGGGCCGGCUGCUGCCCUCCCAGAGCCUAUGGGUUGAGCCGUCCCCCAGGCCCCUGCCCAGCUGGGCUCGUGCUGUGCUUCACCUCUCCAUCGUCUCUAAAUCUUCCUCUUUUUUUCCUAAAGACAGAAGGUUUUUGGUCUGUUCUUUCAGUCGGAUCUUCUCUUCUCUGGGAGGCUUUGGAAUGAUGAAAGCAUGUACCCUCCACCCGUUUCCUGGCCCCCUAAUGGGGCCUGGGCCCUUUCCCAACCCCUUCUCGGAUGUGCGGGCAGUGUCCUGGAGCCUCCCAGCCAGCCGGGCUGCCCACGUUCAGGCAGAGUUCUCCGAGAGAGCGGGCGGGCAGGUGGAGGAAAGACUGCCUCUAGUUGCCACAGAGCUGGGACUUCCAUGUUCUUCUAGAGAGGGCCACAAGAGGGCCACAGGGGUGGCUGGGAGUUGUCAGCUGAUGCCUGCUGAGGGGCAGGAAUUGUGCCAGUGAGUGACAAGCAUGGGGGAGUGUUUCUCCUUGGGGAGGGAAUGAAAGGCCAGCACUACAACAGCACGGGGCCCCGCCCCAGCCAGGGUGUUGAUGAGCACACAGUGGAGACUGGCAGAUCCUGCAUUCCAGGGUCACUGGACUCUAGGUUUUAAUGGUUGUGGGGCGGUGCCUUGUAGGCUUUGUCAGGUAAGAGGGCCCAAGGUAAGAACGAGCGCCAACGGGCACAAGUAUUCUAUAUAUAAGUGGCUCAUUAGGUGUUUAUUUUGUUCUAUUUAAUAAUUUGUUUUAUUAAAUUAAUAUAAAAAUCUU